AAAUCUUCUAUUGUGGUUUUGGUUGUUUUCGUUGAUUUUUCGCUGUCUGGUACCGAUUCAUUCUGACUCAUUAUUACAUAUUCUGAGUAGAGCGCCGCAUUUCUAAUUGUUGAUUUUAACACGUGGGUAGUAAUUCUCAUCACUAAAAGAAAAAAAUGAGUAAACAUCAUUCAUACGAGUUGAGUGAACAUCCGGAGGUUCAAUGGGCUCUUGAUCUGCUCAAACCAGAUCCCACGCAUGAGUCCAGUAUGCUGUCGAAGUACUCGCCGGAAAUAGCACUUAUGUUAAGCGGUUUCGCGAUACCAUCAUUCACAAAUAUAUACAACAAUAAGCCGUUCUAUGCUGGAAUACAGAGGCAUAUUAUGUUCGUAGCAGGGGGAUACGUUUUGUCACAAUUUGUAAAGAAGCUUGUUGACAAUUAUCAAGCGGAACGUGAUACCAAACUGAGAGAUUAUAUUAUACGACAUCCAGAACUUUUUCCCGAGCCAGAACGUGUAAAGUAUAAUCAAGUGUUGGAGAAAUGGACCCCAGUGCGUUAAUUAAUGUGAAAACUGUUAGAGAUGAUUAUACCAUUUUGAUUGCGUAUCUCUUACAAUGCAGACAGUGCAGUUCAAUGCAAUGAAUGUAGACAUAUUGUAUAUAUAUUUUAAAAUAUACAUCUAUAUAUAUAUAAUACAUAGUGUUUCGGCUAACGAAAACAACACACUGUUUUAUAUAUAAUAAAUAAGGAACGUUGUACAUAAGAAAAUAAAGGAAAUAGAAGCCUAUAGGGCUCGAGAGAAUAGGGGUGCUGAUACAAGUGCGCUAAUUAUUCAAAAACAUCUCUCAAUAUUUACAAGUUAAUAGAAAAUUUAUUAAGAGACGGAAGAAUAACGAUAAUCAUUAAACGAUUAUAUAAUUCGUAUUUCGGUUAGUCUUCUAACCUUCUUCAGCGGUAAUAAUAUAGAUGCAACUUAUUUUUUCGACAAUGGCUGAAAGACAAAAUCUUGGCUAAUAAAAAAAAUAUCCUUAUAUGAAGACAAUAAUCAUAAUGGCAAUAAUAAUAAUAAUGACGAUCAAUUAAAAACACGGUUUACAAUUCCUUGUAUAGGUCCAUUGUCUGAAAAAUUUA